AUGAAUAAAAAUAAAGAAUUACCAUUAUAUUUAAUUAAAGAUAUUAUAAAAUUUUUAUGUUUUGAUUUUAAUAGAAAAAUUUUUUUUAAUGAAGAUGAACUUAAUGAAAAUAAUAAUUCUAUUGUUAAUUUAUCAUUAGUUAAUUGGGAGUUUUUUAAAACCUUAUCAAAUAAUUUAACAACCAGUCAAGAUUUUAAUUUUAUUCCAGAUAAUUAUUAUCCAACCAAUCCAAUGUCAGAAAGUAAUAUUUCAACAAUAAAAAAUCAAGAUAGAAGUGAUUUCAGUAUUUAUAGAUUGGAAAAUAUUAGAUUAUUAAAAAUUGAAAGUAGAAAUUAUGCAACCAGUUCAAGUGAAGAAGAAAUUGAAAUUUCAAACUUUUUAAAUGAUGCCAUUUCAAAAUGUACAAAUUUAACUUCAAUUUAUAUUGAUUUACAAGCAUUUAAAAAUGGAUACUCAAGUUCAAGUAUGAAAUUUUUAAAUGGAUUAAAGAUUAAUGAUAAUGUGUCAAUUGAAAUAAAGAAUUUGAAACUAUUGAAAUUAGAUUCAAGGUUACCAAAAAAUGUUAAUAAAAUUGGUGUUUUAAUUGUUGAUAAAAUUGAUCCAAAACUUUAUAAAAUUAACAAUUUAAAAGAUGGUGAUAAAUUUAUAAAAAUUGAUUCACUAAGAAUUCAAGGUUCAAUAAGUGAUUUCAAUUGGAAUGAUUUAAUUUUAAGUCGAAAAGACCUUUUACCAAUUUAUAAUGAUAUUGAAGAAUUAAAAGUUGAUAAUAUUGAUAUAUCAAGUUUGCUAUCACUUUUAUUAUUAACUCCAAAAUUAAAAAAAUUAACAGCUACAUUUUGUUUUGAUUCAUUAAUGAAGAAAUUAAAUCAAACUUCAAAACAAUCAGCACCAUGUGAAUGUGAUAACAACUUUUUCUCACUAAAAAAUAAUGUUGAAACUGAUUGGAAAAAUUUAAUUAAUUCUGUUGGUUUACCAAAUUUAACAUCUUUAUCAAUUGUUGAUAGAUGUUCAGAUAUUAUAAAUGAAAUGAAAAGAAGUAAAAACUUUAUUGAAGAAUAUUUUAAUGAAAAAAAUAAAAGUCAAAUUGAAGAUCAAGAUGAAUUACAAAAACAAUUUAAUCAAGAUUUUAAAAAUUUAGAAGAAUAUCCUUUAAUUUUAGAAUUCGUUUCAUGUUUUAAAAAUUUAAAACAAUUUGAUAUUAAAGCUAUCAAUUCAAUUAAACCAAUAAUUGAAUUAAUUAAAUCAAAUAAAUCAAUUAAAUACUAUAAAGUGCUUUUCCAAAUUUAUGAUUUCCAUAAUAAAAAAGAAAAAUUUAUUCAACUUUUAGAUCAAGAAUGUAGAAACAAUAACAAUGUAAUUGAAUCACUAAUUAUUGAUCAAGAAUUUUUCACUGAUGUUGAAGAUAAAAGUGAUUAUGCUGAAAAUAAUCUCUUUAAAUAUGAAAAAUAUUAA